AGAAAAAAAAAAAAAAAAAUGACGUUGUUCGCGGUGCAGCAAGCCGCUAGUGUACGGUUAGCGGCAACGCAAACGACGCCGCUGUGUACCCUCGACGAUCCUUUGGACUCCUGAAAGACCGAGCUGGUCUGGUACAGAAAGGUGGUACACCUACAAGUGUCCAACGGAGUGUGAGAAGAACAACACUGAAGAAUUCACGUAUAUAUAGUGUGUAUACAUACGGGGUCUCCUGCUCUCCUCUCUUCCUCCUCUUCUUCAGCUUUAGUGUGCGCGCGAGAGGAUAUACAACACCAUAACCAUAUCCCCCCAUGUCCUUGCCUCUCCACGCAUACACCCUAUGCACCAUGCAUGCAUCCGUGCAUGGUACAUAAGCACACAAAGGAAGCUGCUGUUGCGAGAGUAUAUUAUAUACACUAUACGCUCAGAGUGUAGGAUUUAAAAAACGAGGAGGCGGUGAAUGGAGCGAGCGUUGUACAUGGAAUAUACAGUCAACAAGACUCUUCCGUAAAAAAGAAGGUACACGGUUGUUUUGGUCAUCGGAGCCAUUAGCCCCGGAAGUAACGGCGACGACGACGGGGUAGCGCCGCGGCUAUAUUUUCAAAUGGAGCCGACGACGACGGGGACGAGGAGCAGAAGUUGUAGUGGUUCGCGUCUGCUGGUAUUAUGCUGCCUUCUGCUGCUGACACUCGUGCGCUCUGCUGUUGGAGUCGAUCAGAAUAAUGUACUGUUCAAAGAAGUAGGAAGCAGUGGUAUCAUUACAUUAAACAGACCUAAGCUAUUGAAUGCCUUAAAUGUGUCGAUGGUACAACAAAUUCAUGCAAAAUUAAAAGAAUGGGAAUCAACGAAAAAUACAGUAAUAAUAAAGGGAAGUGGAGAUGUAGCAUUUAGUGCUGGAGGUGAUAUCAAGGCUACAAUUUUGGCUUUGGAACAACCAUAUGGUGAACAGGAAGGGUUUGUUUACUAUCGACAUUUUUUUAGCUUGGGUCAUCUCAUUGGCACAUAUAAGAAACCAUAUGUGGCCCUAAUGAAUGGUAUCACAAUGGGAGGAGGGGCUGGUAUAUCAGUGCUUGGAAAAUACAGAAUAGCAACUGAAAAAACAUUGUUUGCUAUGCCAGAAACAGCUAUUGGUGGUUUUACAGACAGUGGUGGCUCUUACUUUUUAUCCAGACUGAAUGACCAACUUGGAAUGUACUUAGGCUUGACUGGUCACAGAUUGAAGGGUAUCGACGUAUUGCUGGCUGGACUUGCAACCCAUUACGUUCACUCUGAUAAGUUGGAGGAUGUAACUCAAGAAUUACUAGCUAAUAAUAAUACUAAUAUUGAUGGAAUUCUUCAACCGUACUCUCCACGCAAUAUAAAACAAGAAUUUAGUCUAACACCCCACUUGAGUUUAAUAAAUAGUUGUUUCUCCGCUCCAACUGUUGAAGAAAUAAUUAAUAGACUUGAGACAAGUAACUCUGAGUGGGCAUCACAAGUUGUAAAAACACUAAACAAAAUGUCCCCUACUUCUUUAAAAAUAUCGAAAAAAGUAAUUGAAGAAGCCAGAAGCAAAAGUUUAGCGGAGUGUUUAAUCAUGGAAUAUAGAGUCUUCUAUAAUUUAUUUUCGAAAAAAUGCGACUUUGUAGAAGGUGUCCGAGCAUUGUUAAUUGAUAGGGAUCAAAAUCCAUCUUGGAAUCCUAAGGCUUUGAAGGAUGUUUCAAAUGCAUUUAUAGAGCAAAAAUUUGCUCCAUUACCGCCUCAAGAUGAGCUACAACUUGAAAAAUU